CUUCUUCUCCACACAUAACUCUAACCGUUUUUUUUAAGUUUCUCUCAAUCUCUCUCGAAAAUCUCAAAUCCGAUAACAAUGUCGUCGAAGAACGGAGUUGUUCGUAGCUGUUUAGGUUCAAUGGAUGACAUCCGAAAAGUCUUCCAACGAUUCGACAAAAACGGCGACGGGAAAAUCUCAGUCGACGAGCUCAAAGAAGUGAUCCGCGCUCUCUCACCAACAGCGUCACCGGAAGAGACGGUGACGAUGAUGAAACAGUUCGAUCUCGACGGUAACGGAUUCAUAGAUCUGGACGAGUUCGUCGCUUUGUUCCAAAUCGGGAUCGGAGCGGGCGGAGGUGGAGGUAAUAAUAAUCGGAACGAUGUUAGCGAUUUGAAGGAAGCGUUUGAGUUGUAUGAUCUUGAUGGUAACGGGAGGAUCUCGGCGAAAGAGCUUCACUCGGUGAUGAAGAAUCUGGGAGAGAAGUGUUCUGUUCAGGAUUGUAAGAAGAUGAUUAGUAAAGUUGAUACUGAUGGUGAUGGUUGUGUUAAUUUCGAUGAGUUUAAGAAGAUGAUGAGUCAUGGUGGAGCUUGAUUAUUUCGUAUUAUUAGCGAAUUUAAUUUUUCUAGGUUUUGUAAUUAGGAGAUUAAGAUCUCUCUGGGUUAGUGACGGCGAUUAGGUUGUUAAUUGUGUUUUUGUUAUAAAAAAGACCCUAUAAAUUAAAAAAGGCAAAAUCCUCUAGAUUGUUCAGAAGUUUCCAUUAUUUUUUUCUCUUUGAUUGUGGUGAUUGAUGAUGAUGAUGAUGAUGAUGAUCUUUGAUUAUUAACUA